AUGGAGAAAUGCUAUGCCGCCUCGCUGAUCCGUGGGAACCGUUCCAACUGCGCCCUGUUUUCCAACAAUCUGGACUGGCUGGUCAGCAAACUGGACCGAUUGGAGGCAUCCUCUGGCAUUUUGGAGGUAUUGUAUUGUGUCCUCAUUGAAAGUCCAGAAGUGCUGAAUAUCAUCCAGGAAAACCACAUCAAAUCCAUCAUCUCCCUCCUGGACAAACAUGGACGCAACCACAAGGUGCUGGAUGUUCUCUGCUCUCUGUGUGUCUGCAAUGGCGUGGCCGUCCGCUCCAAUCAAAACCUGAUCACCGAAAACUUGCUGCCGGGGAGAGAUCUUCUGUUGCAAACGAAGCUUAUCAAUCAUGUCACCAGCAUGCGCCCCAACAUCUUUCUGGGCACCCACGAAGGAACCACCCAGUACAAGAAGUGGUAUUAUGAGAUGAUUGUGGACGUGGUGGAGCCUUUUGUGACCGCCCAGGCCACGCAUUUGCGGGUCGGCUGGGCCAUGGCCGAAGGCUAUAGCCCCUACCCAGGGGGUGGAGAAGGCUGGGGCGGCAACGGCGUUGGGGAUGACCUUUAUUCUUUUGGCUUCGAUGGUCUCCACCUGUGGUCAGGCCGCGUGGCUCGGGCCGUGGCGUCCCCCGGGCAGCACAUGCUAGGGGCGGACGACGUGGUGAGCUGCUGCCUGGAUUUGAGUGUGCCCAGCAUCUCUUUCCGCAUCAACGGCUUCCCGGUGCAGGGCAUGUUUGAGAACUUCAACCUGGAUGGGCUAUUCUUCCCCGUGAUUAGCUUCUCGGCAGGCAUCAAAGUGCGGUUCCUCCUGGGGGGUCGCCACGGAGAGUUCAAAUUCCUGCCACCUCCGGGCUACGCUCCCUGCUACGAGGGUGUCCUUCCCCGUGAGAAGAUGCGCGUGGAGCCCAUCAAGGAGUACAAGCACGACAUCAGUGGCUUCCGGAACCUCCUGGGCCCGACCCAGUCCUUGUCCCACACGUCCUUCAUCCCUUACCCUGUGGAUACUGUCCAG